AUGUUAAAAAUUGGUGAUGCACCUUUACUUACUGUAAAUUGUUUAGAAAACGAUCCUGUUUCAUUUUGUCAAACUAAUGACGUACAACCACAAUUUUUACCACCAGCAAAGUAUGUUUAUUAUACAUGGAUAGAUUCAUUAUUACCAAGACCAUUAACGAUAUCAUGUGGUUCUAAAACAGCAAAACUAGAACUCACUAUAAGUAAUUUUGUUUUCUGA